UGCCGCUGCGCACCCCGCAGCCAUGCCGCCGAAGAAGCCCUCGGCCUCUGCCGCCGCCGCCGCUGCGGCAGGCACCGCUGCUGGAGGCGCCGCGCCCUCGCCGGCGGCCGCCGCAGCUGCUGCUGCUGCUGCGGGCCCGUCGGCGGACCUGACGCCGCUGCUCGGCCUCUCGCUGCAGCUGACGCUGCACGACGGCAGCAGCGCGGCCGGGCAGCUGUGGGCCUACGAUGCGCCGCUGCAGCUCCUCGUGCUCGAGGCGCCGUCGAACACGCUCGCAGCGCCCGCCGGCGCCGCUUGUCUGCCCGUGCGGCGGGGCGCUCCCGCUGCCGGCGCCACGGGCUUCCGCCUGCUCAAGACGCGCGCCAUCCGCCACAUCGCACUGGCCGCAGCACCGCCGGGCGCACCCAUGCCGCUCAGCCCGCUGGCGCCGCUCAGCGUCGCCGCCGUCGAGGGGCGCGAGCGCGCCGCCGUCGUCGAGGCCGAGAAGCGCGCGCGCAAGAUCGGCAAGGACGUGAGCGAGCAUGCGCAGGCCGUGUUCGAGGCGCUCGACAAGACGCUGCCGUGUCGCUGGCACGACGCUCACAUCAUCGUCUUCGACGAGGUCGCUGUGUCCCCGCCAUACACAUCAGCGUCCACCAACGUGCCCGACAUCCCGCGGAGCGUGCUCUCGGCGCUGGCCGACGGCGAGACGCCCGACGCCAAGGCGAUGGGCGGCAAGCCGCUGCCGCAGGGAGCCGUGGGCAAGGCGCGGAGCUGGCAGCGCGUGUGCAAGGUGCUGGACGGCGAGCUGCUCAAGAUGAAGGCUCGCGCGGCCGCAGAAGGGCGGGCAUGAGGCUACGUCUUAUGAGGGGAAGGAGCGAGGGCAAUGCCAUCGCUGUCAUGCUGCGCCGUCCGGCUCUGCGUGUCUCAGCGCGCGCACUCUCCGAGUCCACGCGUGUCAUUGGAGCGGGCCCGUCGCUAUGCAAGGCGGCCCUCGUCGCUGCGUACAUCCGACCCGGCGUCUAGGCUGCCCUCGUCGUCGUCGUCCUCGCCGGCUGCCGCGAAGGGCAGGUACUCGUUCUC